AUGUGCAGCUGCCGUUUUGGCCGUUGUCUUGAAUCAUCUUCGCAGCGAAGAAAAGUUGUGGUUGUUCGAUUCGUUUAUGGCAAGAUAGAAGUCAGUGGCCCCCAAUACGACAACGAACAGCUGGGCCUAUGCCUAUCGCUCGUAUGCUCAGUCGUGUCGGUGUCGUGGUCAUUUCUUGUCGGUGUCGACCAUGACGACGUUCACGUUCAACAGGAGGUCAAGCCAAACUACCAGCAGUUGCAGGUGCAAAGAAAUCCUGCUUCAGAAGAUGAACAGAAACAGAUACAAGAAACAGGCCCCAGAAGUCGGAAACAGGAGUCUAACUCGUUUUCAUCUUCCCGCCUGGUGGACGUGAAAAAAACAACCUCCGCGAAGAACUACGCUAGCAGUAGUAGUAGACCGAGAAGAGACCACAUGAUCAACCCCGCAGCCCCCGCUGGCGCAGCUGUAUUUCUCGCGGAUGGUAUGAAACGAGCGCACGCCACCUUCUCCUGCUCCCCGUCGUUUCCGUUUGAUUAGGUACACAUAGGGCAUGGACAGCAAUACAAUGAGACUGAAUCGCUACUGGCCAUGAAGGACAUGAAGCGCCGGCCUGCGCAUGACAAGUUCUUUCUGCACCGAUUGUGCUGAAGAUACUGUCUGGGCUCGGCUGCACAGAUGAAUUUCACACACAAAUCGAAAUAACAGUGCCGACAUAAGGCAGCAAAUACAUCAAACUUCAUUUUGCAUGAUCGACGAAAUUGUAGAGAGGGGUGUAGUUCUUGUGCAUUUUCAUAGACAAGAAGGAACGAUCGAAAGACGAACUACGGGCGGCGCAGGAGGAUCAGGAUUUCUAUCUUGCGGUGGUCAAGAAGAACACCAACACGCUUUAGAUAGCUUGCUGCAGGGGAAAACUAGUACAACCUGUACAUAAAUCUGGUUCAAGAUGAAGCUUCGAUAAAGAACCCUUGAUAGGC